AUGGCAGAGGACUAUGAACUUGGUGAAGAAGAGAUCUAUGUUGAACCGGAAGUACCAGAUAUUGCAUAUGCUCCGCAACAUCAGGGCCAUUUGCAGGACGAGAUUGAACAGCUGCUUGAUGGGUCUGAUGCAGAUGACGCAUUAUGGAUAGCAGCAACUUUUGGGCUGGGAUUGGUUGAUUUGGGACGACGUGAUGUGGAGUUCAGUCCCUACAACCUACCUGGUUUAUUGAACGAAAUUCUGAGGGUCUGGGAGGACCAUGCACGCUAUGGCAAUUUGGUGGUAUUCAAUGUUCACCCGCAACCCAUCGAUGUGGUUGGGCAACGUGCUGUGGCACUUCUGGUAGUGGUUGAGAUGCCAGAAGCUUUGGAUCCUACCACACGGAAUGCCCUCAUUAUUGAACAAGCUGCUGAGGAUGUGCCCAAGAGGCCACAACCAUAUGCAGCCAGGCUCACUUGUGAGACGUCUCAAAGAGAGGUUUUGGCACAUUUGAACUUGCAUCAGCAUUGCCUUCCGUUUGCACUGCGUCCAUGCCAUGUCAGACUUGGCACUCUCACCAUGGAGAAGGAUGCGUUUUAUGAUUUUGAUCAUGGUACUUUGUGCAGAACGUGGAUAGGAGCAGUUUUUGAGCAAGUCUUACAUGCUGAACAGAGUAUCACGGAUGCUGAGCCCUUUUUUCUGCAAGUGCAAUCACUCAUUGACAUGCGUGACCAUGUGGACCACAUCAUUUGUCGGGUCCAUGGGAUUACACCACAAAAUCGACCUAUGGGGCACAGGGACAUCAUUAUUGCAAUUGAUUGGUUGUAUGAUUUGGAAUGGAUCCAGAUAAUGAAGACACUUUGGCCUUUCGAUUCUGAAACGAUUGGAUUGCAUUUUGCGCAAGGCCUCACCAACAAUAUGCAAGAUGCUGAGAAUGUCAUUUUUCACUUCAUUGCUAGGUGUGGCUACAACCCUGGACAACCCAUUUUAGUCAAUCAGCAGAUUGUGGCAGUGGAUGACAUGCAGAGAGACCCACAGGGGACAAAUGAGAUAUGGGCAAUCACAGUUCCUGAACGGUGGGCAGGAUCGGGUAUUGUGAGUACCUUGAGCGGCCCCCUUUUUGGUUUGAACAUGCCAGAGCAGAGAGAUGUCCUUACUGCAAGGUUUUUAGUCUGGCAGAGACAUCAUUUGCUGACUCUCCUUUUGGGUGCGGCUCGUAUGGAAGAAAUCCCUGAGAUCGAGUACACCUCCUUUUUGCAGCUCAACAUUUCCAAGGAUAAAAACAAAGUUGCAAAGGAGUCUGAUGGACUCACCCAUAGCAGUUGUAGGGACUAUGUGGAUGGAGGAGAGAUCUCCGAGCACGGUGAUCAGGUGAAAGACUUGCACAAGCCAGCUGGAAUAGGCAUCAAGGAGGAUCUCCCCCUUUUGCCGGAUCCCUCUCCACCUGAUGUCACAGUUUGGCACAAGGUACCACAUUUUACCGAUGGUUCAUGCGAAAAUGACAAAGCCACUUGGGCGCUUGUUGUAGUGCAAGAGACGGAAUGCUGUCGUCGAGUGUUCUUCCAUCGUGUGGGAUACGCUGCUGGGUUUGUUGUGGAUGACAUUGGGCCUUGUGAUCAAACAGCACUGGACGCAGAAGCCACAGCGAUCAUUGCUAUGAUUGAGUAUGCUCUUACGCUUUGCAUUCAAUCACAAAUAAGUCUCUUCUGUCAUUUUGAUGCCAACGUGGUUGGGAGGGCAGCUUUUGGUUGUCAACACAUUCCAAAGGUAGAAGGCUCUACAUCAAGAAGACAGCGUGAUGCCAGAAUUCUCAUGACAAUUUUGGAGAGACAAAUUGAACAAAACGGAGGUGAAAGCAAAGGUGUCCAUGUUUGUGCACAUCAGGGCAAUCCUUGGAAUGAGUUCGUGGAUGGGAUAGCCAAAGCAGUUUGGAAUGGAUGGCAACCCGACACACAUUUCUGUUUUCGGUCUGGUCCGCUACUUUGUCAUCCUCUAGCGGAAUGGGCGUGGUUGGAGAUGUGGCCAUCAGUGGAACUGCCUAACAUCAGCACUAUUUUGGACAAUGCCACUCCGUGGGAUGAAAAAGGGUUUAUUGAUACAACAUUGACACCUGAUGUGGGUGCUGACUCACAUUCUGGGGAGAGUAGUCAGAUACGUGUUGCAACUGUCAAGGUUGGAACUUUGUUGUAUGACAAUCGUCAGGGUUUGGGGGUUAGCUGGAAAGCGAUUGAGAUCCUCAAGCAAUGUGAAGAACGAGGUAUCCAUAUCAUUGGAGUGCAGGAGAGCCGAGCAGCUCGCACACAAUGUAUUGAGACUGGACCAUUCACACGACUCAUUGCAGCAGGACAAAAUGGGCAAGCUGGUAUCCCGAUUUGUGACGAAUUGCCUCGUCGCAUGUCGGUUUUAUUGCUUGUGGCGCGUUGCAACUUUGGCAACAUUGCGUUUGACAUUGCAGUGAUGUAUGCUCCACAGAAAGGUCGAUCGCAAGAGGAAGUGCAACUUUGGUGGGACGAGUCUUGCCAAGAUGGAGUGGUGAAAUCAUGUGUGGAUGAGGAGAUGGACAUCAUGAAUGGUGAUCGUGAUCACCGCCCUCUGGUGUUGGUGAUUGGCAUUCAGAGAGGAUUGGCCUUUGGAUGUGAACGCUCAUUGGUGCAAUCUGCGACAGUUCAUGCAGCAGAAAGCAGCCACAUGGUUUCCAGUGGAGAAAAGAAAGCAACGGCAGCUUUACUUUUCGGAAACGACGUGGUAUUAGUCUGUCAAAGAAAAGAUUUGCGUCAACACUUGCGUGAGCUGCAAAGGCAAAUCAAGAUGGGCAUUAUGAGCCAAUGUUUUCAUGCAUGGAAGUCCGGAAGCACCACAGAAGAGGAACAGAAACUACGAGACUAUGACAUUGCUUUAUUGAAACAACAGGAAGCUAUGAUCAUCGAAGCUAGAAUCAAUGUUGAUGUCCUGUUUCGGCAGAGAAAGAAAAGAGACUGGAAACAGUGGAUUGAGGAAAGGCUGAAAGAGCAAAUUGACCAUGCCAAUAAGGCCAGUGCCUCUGACCUCUUCCACCUUCUCCAGCCGAAGAAGAUGAGUGCAAAACACAGUGGAAAACUGGCCAAACCUUUGCCGGGACUUAGAUCCAGUGAUGGUCAAUGGAACUUCUCUAGAGACCAGUUGGUCACAGCCUGGCAGAGUCAGUUUGCAAAAAUUGAAAAUGCAGAGUCCAGGUCGAUACAAGACAUGUUGAAAGAAUCACAAUCCUGUGGUCAAAAGCUUGAGACGUGGCACCUGCAUGAAAUUCCAACACUGCUGGAUGUUGAACAAGCGAUUCUUGCUUUGAAGGACUCCAAGGCGGCAGUGCGUAGACAAAGUGUGGUUGAACUGUCUGGAGGUUGGCUGUUACCACUCUUCAAAGGGAAAGGCAGCGCUCAUGACAUGAAAGGCUACCGUGGCAUACUUUUGGAGCCUGUGGUUGCAAGAGCACUCUCAAAGGCGUGGAGACCAAAAUUGGUGGCGGGGCUGAAUCAUGUGGCGAUGCCCCUACAAUGGGGAGGACGACCAGGCCUUUCAGUGGAAGCUUUACACCUUCAGGUGCAAACGUGGCAAUCCAAUGCGAGAAAAAGAAAGCUUUCACAUGCUCUCAUUUUCGUUGACAUCAAGGCUGCCUUCUACUCGGUAGUCAAACAGAUGUUCCAAAAUGAAGAGCUUUCACAUGAAAACUUGCGCAAAGUCUUUGACAAAAUUGGCCUGCCGGAGACGGUCUGGGAAGCAUUUCUGGAAAACACACAAGAGGCCAGACUUGUUUCACAAGCCACCGACUCCGACAUUUUGGCAGCUGGCACUCAGGCAACUUUGGGACAGACUUGGUUCUGUAUCCCGGAUGGAAGGCAUUUGCAAGCGCCAAUGACAGGCUCAAGGCCUGGAGAUCCCAGCGCGGAUAUGCUCUUCAGCCUGAUGAUGACCAGAAUUUUGCGUCAAAUACAUGAACGAGCUUUGAGGGAUGGCAUUGCUUUGGGUGGUGAGCACUCAUCAUCAGAAGGGACAUGGUACAAUCUCACCCGAUCUGAAAUGGAGGCUUGGAAAGCUGGUGUCUUUAGAGCCUAUCAGAGCUUGCAGAUACGCAUGGAGAUCGGUGACUUUGAAGUGCCGGAGGAAUUGGAUGACCUUCAUGAUCUUGAGACGUGGUCCCUUUUUGCCCCUUUUGCCAAAAAACUUUCCAAGGCUUUGAGGAAAGUGAGAGAAGCACACAUGCUCAAAGUUCAGAACCUUUGUGAGCUUUACAAACAUGAGAAGCGAGAGAGUGAGAUGCUGCAGAGCAUGGGAUGGACGAAAAGAGGGGGUGGCGAUGAUCGCAACCCUCAUGAACAUGACAUGAGUUUUUGUGAUGAAUGUACCGAAGUAUUUCCAAGUGAAGCAUCGUUGGCGGUGCAUCAACAGCGGAAACAUGGCAAGAGGAGAUACCUCCCGAUGACCAGUGAGCAAGCACAAGAGUUGGACCUGCAUGACAAAAAGAAAGGCGUGGUGAUGCAUCAGAAAGGGUUUUUGGGUCCAGAGGAGGACAAGAUUUGGAGGGCAUGCAGACAGGAAGAGCUGAAGCAUGUGCUGGAAUUGCGGCAAGAGCAGGAGCCAGAUCUGUCAACACCUUCUUUGCAGGAAUUGGAGGAGUGGAAGCAGAUUGGCCUUUUGCCACCUGGAAAAGGAGGACGUGCGGUCACUGUCAGGGACUGCGGGGAGAUGAAGUUGCACCACGUGGGCAAGGACACUUUUGACUUCGAGCAGAAGCUUCUGAGGGAGAUCAAUGAGUGGGAACCUGGCCAUGAUUGGAUCCCUCGGCCUUUAGCCUUGGGGACGAAGUACUUCAUCAUCAUGUACAGCGGCCAUCGGCGCUUUGCAGAUCUUGCGCAGUGGAGAUCAUGGAAAAGUGAGAUCAUCCCGAUCUCGAUCGAUCUUGCCAUCCAUAAGCAACAUGGAAACAUCCUAAAGGAUGACAUCCGGAAGCGGCUCAUUUGGGCUCGUAAGGUCACUGGCGGACAUGCUGGUCCGCCAUGCGAGACCUUUAGCUUUGCCAGGUGGUUGCUUCUGGAAGAUGGGCAGGGUCCUCAGCCUCUUCGAAACACUGAAGCACCUUGGGGACGCGACAAUUUAAGCCUCAAGGAAGUUCAACAGGUGGUGACUGGCACAAAGCUCAUGCUGCAGGGUAUCUAUCUCCUUUUGCUCAUUUACCUCCAAGGUAUCAGUUUCUCCUUAGCCUUAGAACACCCUAAGGGGCGUGAUGGACAAGAGGGUCGCUGGUCUAUAUGGGAAUCAGCUUUUCUCAAACUUCUACUGUUGGCUGGUGAUGUUUGGAGAGUUGACUUCCUUCAAGGGCCAUUGGGCCAGCCCUUUGCCAAGCCAACAUCCAUCAUUGCAGGAAGAUUGCCAGAUCUCCCGCAACAACUAUUUGCGUUGUAUCAGCCGCACUGGAGGCCAACAGAACGAUUGGGUGGACGCAACAGUGAUGGAAAGACUUGGAAGACCUCCAGAGCCAAGGCCUAUCCCCCAAGAUUGUGUCAAGCACUGGCCAUGUCACACUUGCAGCAUGCGGCUGCACUCAAGUGUGAGGGGUUCGAGGAGGACCCUGCUGGCUUGGAUGUGGUGGUCGAAGCAUUGGCGAAAGGGUUUGACCCUUAUAUCUCGAGGAUGCGCAAGGGACCACCAUGGGAAGCGAUUACUGGGGACGAACAUUUUUCCAUUUGCCAAAGGGCUCCGACUAGUAGCCGCCUAAAGGGGCGAAGCGAGGGUUGUUUGAGCAGAUUUGGCAAUUUUAUGGCAUUUUGCUUUUCACCAUUUCACUUAUUAUCCAGCCAUAGUGGCUUUUCUGGAUGA